AUGGGUGUUUAUGUGUUUAGAACUGAUGUCCUACUUAGGCUUUUAAGGUGGAGCUAUCCUUCUUGCAAUGAUUUUGGCUCCGAGAUUAUUCCAUCAGCUGUGAAGGAGCACAAUGUCCAGGCAUAUCUAUUCAAUGACUACUGGGAGGAUAUUGGAACUGUAAAGUCUGUCUUCGAUGCAAACUUGGCCCUCACAGAACAGCCUCCGAAGUUUGAAUUCAACGAUCCAAAGACACAUUUCUACACCUCUCCUAGAUUCUUGCCACCUACAAAAGUUGAAAAAUGCAGGGAAGAUGAUUGCAUAAUCCACCGAGCUGGGAAAAAGGGUAAAAUCAGCUAUAUGUAG